AUGAGAGAUGAAGAGGUCCACACCAUCCCUCCCGAGUUACGGAUCCUGCUGGACCCUGGAAACCUGGACAACCCACCCAUCCGGGGAGGGAGAGGCCAGAGUGGAGGUUUCCCCUUUCCUUUCCUGGACAUCCCCAGGAAAGGCCAGAAGGAAGGGGGAGAAGAUGGGCUCCCACAGCCAAAGGACCCUGUCAUCCCCGGCUUACGGCUGUUUCCUGGUCCCAGAGAGCCUGAGGAGGUGCAGGGCAGCAUGGAUGUUGCCCUGUCAGUCAAAUGUGACAAUGAAAAGAUGACCGUGGCUGUAGAAAAAGAUUCUUUUCAGUCCAACAGCUACUCGGGCAUGGAGCUCACCCUGUUGGAUCCUAACUGCAAGGCCAAGAUGAAUGGCACCCACUUCAUUUUGGAGUCUCCCCUGAAUGGCUGCGGGACUCGGCACCGGCGGUCCGCCCCGGAUGGCGUGGUUUACUUCAACUCC